AUGGCCCCAUCCAAGUCUCAGUUGCUGACUUCAGCUACCGCCGCGCUCCUGGCCAGCCAGGGUGCUUUGGGCCAGCAGCUCACCAAGCCGAUCCUCAACCCUGAGUACGACCUCGGUGCCAUGUCCCAGGCAUUCUUGCCCCAUCUCAUUGCACCGGCCGCGACAAGCAUCAGCAAAUGGCCCUGGGGGAAGCUUCCUGCAUUCUGCAAAUCCGAAUCCAUCCACGAGGGCUUUUCCGCCUACGACAUGGAGGUCUAUGAGGUUACUUUUGCGGACUGCAGCCAGCCUUGGUACAUGUGCCGCCACAACGGGUCGACAAUGUCGGUGGGCGGUAUGAUCAACGCGUUUGGGUCCCUUCCUGUGGGAACCAGAGACUUCAUCCGUCAUAUUGUUGUCUUCCCCGAUUUCAUGACACCCGGUGUUGCUGCUCACGCCAAAUCUGGAUCGGGUGAUCUCAUGUUUGGUCACAAUUACCUCGACACCAGUCUCUGGAUCCACGAAUCAGGCCACAUCUUCGACCGUCAGCAUGGUGGAAACGGCGACUAUUCCGCCACCUCUGCCUGGCUCAACGCCUACAACUCCGACUCGCAUCUUCCCACCGGUUAUGCCAACACCAACCAAGCCGAGAACUUUGCCGAACAUGUUAUUCUGGCCACAUACGACAACGUCGUGCCCGGUGGUCUGGCCGGCAUUCCCGCGCCCACCCCCAACCACCAGGCUGUCCAAAACCAGUACACCAAUGUCAAGAAUCUCCUGGGCAACAAGAUCCGCAAGGUCACUGGCGCGACCUGCAACCGCCAGCCCACCCCCCUGAUCGGCAUUACCAGCCCUGUUGUCUGCAUGGGACCUGAUGCUUUGGCUCAGGGUGCUUGUGUCGGUACACCCAACAUGAAGAGAGAUGAGAACGGCCAUGACGCUCUCAUUGCCGCUGCCGAGAAGGAGCCUGGCAUCUAUGAGCCCGCGAGCCGCUGGACCGAGUCGGCUUAA